CUCCUGUGGGAAGGAAGGUGGCGACUACCAUGAUCCCAAAGGACAUCCAGAAGCUCCUGGAAGAUGCUGAGGGUUACCUGGCAGAUGGGCUGCAGCAUGAGAAGCUGAGUGCUAAAGCAAAAGAACAGAGGGAUGCAAUUCUCUUUGGCUUCCAGCAAGUCAAAGCCAGGUACCACUUGGACUUUCUGCCUCGAGGAGAGGAUCAGUGUGAUGCUGGCUUUGGACAGGACAGUUCUGAUGAAAACCAGAGCUGGGCUUUUGCCCCUUCCAUGGCGUCUGAUGCUUCACUUCCAUCGGACUUCCAGGAUGAAGGACUGGAGGAGAUGACACCCAGGUCCAUCCAAGACACAGGGAGCAUUCUGAAGCAAGGCUAUCUGGAGAAGAAGUCGCGAGAGCACAGCUUUUUUGGCUCCGAGUGGCAGAAGCGCUGGUGUGUCCUCAACAGAAGCACCUUCUACUACUAUGCCAAUGAGAAGAGCAAGCAACCUAAAGGCACCUUCUCCAUUGAGCACUACAGUGCCCGCCUGGCUCCCCAGCUCCGCAAGGACUCUCGGAAAAGAUGCUGUUUUGAGCUAACCUGCUCUGGCAAACGCACCUACGAGUUCACAGCCCCAAGCCCAGCAGAGGCUGAAGAAUGGGUGGAUCAGAUCCAGUUCCUCCUGAAGGACCUGAGCUCCUUCACUAUCCCCUGUGAUGAAGAGGAUGAGGAGGAGCUCUACAAUGACGUGGACAGUUCUGAGUCUGUGACCACGGUAUCCCAUAAUACUACUCUGGAUCGAGAUGGGCCAGAUGUUGAGAUGGAAGAGGAUGACAUCUAUGAGGUUUUGCCAGAUGAGGAGCUCGAUCCCCCCUUCCCAGAGGACAGCAAGGACACAGGGAGCAGGCGGAGGAGCGAGGGUCCCUGGCAGGAUUAUGCCCAUUACUACCAAGGCCUGUGGGACUGCAGCAGUGAGCAUCCCGACGAGCUCUCCUUCCAGCGCGGAGACCUCAUCUACAUCCUCAGCAAGGAGUACAACGUGUAUGGAUGGUGGGUUGGAGAACUCAACAAUGUGGUCGGGAUCGUCCCAAAGGAUUACCUGGCAGCUGCCUAUGACCUGGAGGAGCAAUGAGGACCCAUCAGCCCAGGUGCUUCUCUCUCCUUGACCAUGCUGAGAUACCACCGACACCGUCCCCAUCACCCUACAGGCACCCGCUGCAUGAAGAGACCCACAUCCCAUCACCAGAGCCCUGCCCUGUGGUACCCACAGCAAUGCCACCGGGACACGGGGGGUGGCACCCCCCAAUAAAGCCGGUUUCCUUUC